GCCGCUUCCGGGCGGCCGCUCCGCGCCGCCGCCUCGAUGGUGCCGGAGCCGCCGCCGCCACCGACAUGUUGCGGCCGCCCCGCCGCCUCCCGCGCCCGCCUCGCCGCGCCAUCGGCACCGCCAGCACCGCCGGGCCCGGCCGCCGCCUGCUGCUCUCCACCCCCAUCUUCUAUGCGAACGGGCCGCCGCACAUCGGGCACCUGUACUCGGCGCUGUUGGCCGACGCGCUGCUCCGCCACCGCCGCCUGCGUGCCGCCGGGCCCGGGCGGCUCUGCACGGGCACCGACGAGCACGGGCUGAAGAUCCAACAGGCAGCGGCGGCGGCAGGGAUGUCACCCCCUGAGCUCUGCGAGCGCGUCUCGGGGCUGUUCCGCCAGGCCCUGGCCCAGGCUGGCGUCGCCUUCACCGACUUCACGCGCACCAGCGAGCCCCGGCACCAGCGGGCCGUGCGGCACUUCUGGGGUGCCCUCCGUGACUGCGGGGCGCUCUACAAGGGCUCCUACGAGGGCUGGUACUGCACUCCCGAGGAAAGCUUCCUGCCCGAGAGCCAGCUCGCUGAGCACAGGGAUGCCCAGGGACGCCCCUGCAAGGUGUCCUUGGAGACCGGCCAUGAGGUACACUGGACCAAAGAGGAGAAUUACAUGUUCAAGCUCUCGGCGUUCCGGGAUCCCUUGCAGAACUGGCUCCGGGACAACCCACGCGCCAUUUCUCCCGACCCUUUCUACCAGCGCGUGCUCCGCUGGCUGGACGAGGAUUUGCCGGACCUGUCGGUGUCCCGCGAGCGGAGCCGGCUGCAGUGGGGCAUCCCCGUGCCCGGUGACCCCACACAGACCAUCUACGUGUGGGUGGACGCCCUGGUGAACUACCUGAGCGUGGUGGGGUACCCCGAGAGCCACAGUGCGUGGUGGCCGGCCGCGCACCACGUCGUGGGCAAGGACAUCCUCAAGUUCCACGCGCUGUACUGGCCGGCGCUGCUGCUGGCGGCAGGGCUGGCCCCCCCCGAGCGCAUCCUGGUGCACUCCCACUGGACUGUGCGUGGGCAGAAGAUGUCCAAGAGCCUGGGCAACGUGGUGGACCCCGCCACGUGCGUGGGGCAGUACGGCGUGGACGGGUUCCGGUACUUCCUGCUGCGGCAGGGUGUCCCGGAGCGGGAUUGCGACUAUUACGACGAGAAGGUGGUGAAGUUGCUGAAUUCGGAGCUGGCGGAUGCACUCGGGGGGCUGCUGAAUCGCUCAACAGCCCCCAGCAUCAACCCCAGCAACACCUACCCACGCUUCUCAGAGCCCUGUUUUCCAAAGGUCCUGGAUUCCAGGGAAGCAAAAGGCAUGGGCAGGGUGUCUGCUGAGGACUACGAACUCGUGGCAGCGGUGGCCUCGCUGCCUGCGCAAGUGGCUGGUUAUUUCGAAGGCUUCCAGAUUUACAAGGCUUUGGAAUGCAUUGCCCAGUGCGUGAGGCAGACCAAUGGCUUCUUCCAGAGACACAGGCCUUGGAAACUUGACCGAAGGGACACUGCGGAGCGGCUCUGGCUGGACACCAUCCUGCACGUCACGCUGGAGUGCCUGCGUGUCUAUGGGACGCUCCUGCAGCCUGUGGUCCCACACAUGGCAGACAAGCUGCUGUCCCGGCUGGCUGUUGAGCCAGGAGAGAGGGGUCUCUCUAAUCUGAUGUUCUUGGUGCGCUAUGAUGGAAAGCCGUGUCCCUUUGAGGGGAGACAGCUCGGACCUGACACUGGCGUCUUGUUCCAGAGGCUGGAGAAGCUGGAAACUAUGAAGAACAGAAAGCAAGAAGCUCGAGUCUCUGACAAACAGCUUCUGUGAAUAAAAACUUUCAGGAACUCCUGGGAAA